AAUUUUCUAGUGAUUCUAAAAAUCAUUCUAGUGAUGACACAUGGCUACAAAAAGAAGUUGUAAUGUUUCUCAAAUAAUAUAUAGGGGAUUCAAUCAACCAAUCAAUCACACUCUCACUCAAAACAAAAGUCUAAUAUCACUCUUCAUAAAAGUCUAAAUUAUAGUGGUUGUUUCCUCUGCUUAUGAUAGAACUUACCACAAACUAAGGACAGUUAUAUAAAUAUCCCCUAAAUAUGACCCACGUAUGACGUAACCUUUAUUAUUCAUAUAUUUCUCAUCGUAUAGAUAUGAGGCAAACAAAUCUCACAAAAUCGAUAUGAGGCAAACAAAUCUCACAAAAUCGAUCUAAUGAAGAGGUGUUAGUUGAUAUCGAUCAUUUGAAACAACCUAUUAAUAUCAAAUUUGAUAUAAACAUCCACAAACAAAAAAAAACACCCAUAAUCAACAAAAUCAGAUGACGUACAAGAUGUGUUAGAAACAACAAAAUCAGACAAUUUUUUUAAAAUAAAUUCAACAUAUCUGUUAUUUAAAAUUUAGGGAAACCUGCAAAACCUAUAAUUAUUUUAAUACAAUAAAUUCAACAAAUCCAUAUCCCUCUGCCAAUUAUGCCAUAUGUGUUUACUAUAUGUUGUUAAAUAGAUCACUAACUCUGAUGUAUGAAUAUCAACUACAUGAAGAUCACAUGGUGGAUUGAACUAAUUUGAAUUGAGCAGGCAAUUAUGAUAAAGUGGAUAGUGCUUUAUAAAUUAUAAAAGAACAACUUAAACUUACUUGCAUCUCUGUGUUUAAACCUAGUUGUUUACAAGAAAUAUGAUCUAGGUUAAUUUCAUAAAUCUAUGUUUACUUGCAUUUCACUCUUCACCUUGGAACAUAGAAAAGGCAUAAUAAGUUUUGGUGGUUCAGGAAAUCAAUGAGUACAUAAACACGAUGUACGGUCUCUCCCAAUGUGGCUUGUUGGAUGAGUGAUGCUACAGUUGGUUUCGUUCUCAACUUUUUUGUUCAUCUUCAGCCUGCUCUUUGUGCGGCUUCCUCAUUGUCUCAAUUUUUUUCAUGUUAACCGCCUCCCAUUUGCUUAUUUCUGUUUGCAAAGUUAUUGUUCGGUUUUCUAGGGUCUUGUGUUGUUUGGGUUGGUUGUUUAUUGAGUGGUCACUGUUUUAGUUAUGGGUUGUGGUUUCGGGUUUGCUUAGAUAUUAAUCUCAGAGAUUAACGUGGGUGUCAGGUUUGAUCUCUUUCCACUCAGGAUGGUUUGAUUCACCUAAUUUAGGCCUUAGUUAUUUAAAUUAAAUGUAAUGUUGUCUUUUUCUUCUUUUUUAAUCUCUUUCUCCUUUGUUCCCUUCUUUGUUUCUUCGACAAGACUGUAUUGUUUUUCCUUUCUUCCCAUCGUGAUUCUCUUGUAGCUUUGUUGAAGAUAUUUGACUAGGCGGAUUUCGCUCCGCUCCAUACCCGAUCUGAGAACUUGGUCCAGUACCUUUUAGGUCCACAAAAAGACAAUGUGCUUACGAAGAUCCAAGACCCAUACCAAGCUUAAGAGAAGGCCCACGCUGAGAUGAAAUAUUCAACUUAUAGUAUAACGGAUGUCAAAACAUUGGAGACGACCAUAAAUAUAUGUAAUCCACGCUGGAGAUCACGUGGCCCUUACGAUCCAUUCUUGAAGUUCUAUAAAAAAGACCAAGGACAAGAAGAUCCAAAUUCUUCUAAGAAAUUAUAUACUUUUAGUACUUACAUAAGUUCUUGUUCUUAGAUACUCUUUGUCUUUGUAUUCAUAUUUGUAUUCUACUCGUAUGUGAGCAUAAAGGUAACCAUGGUAUCUUACAAAGAUGAUCCAAACGUAACAACUUUAAUGCAUCAAGCGAGCUAUUUGUAAAUUGGCUGAGAAACUCAAACUAGACAACACAUAACAAAGCAUGGAGAAUGCUUGGAAGGUAACUAUACCGUUUUGCUGUGAUUUGAAAACAUUUUCAAGAGGCUGUAUAACACUAUUGUAUGUGACCUUUAUGAGUUUUCUUUAACAAAAAGUGUUACUCUCAAUAAGCGGGUCUAUAGAAAAGCUAUAACAAAAACAAAUGUUUGCAUGGGCCCGCAGAUCAACUUCUGAUUUUUUACAUUAUACUAGUAACGAUUUUGUAACACUAUCUUAACAUAUAAACAAUCAAACCCAGCAUGUUUUUCCGUGUACCACAUGCUCACCAAACAGACGUAGAUGCACUAAGCCAGCCUGGCUGUCUCCACUGGGUCGUAAUUUAUUGAUAUAAUAAUGGGAGGUGACUUGGAGAUCCAAUCCUGUAGCCUUGCAUAGCUAAACCAUUCUAUGUGAAUUAGAGAACCAAAUAUGAGUAUAAUCUCUGAUUUCAACGACGAAGAAAAAGAAAAGGUCCUUGAGGACCUGACCUCCAAUGUGAAGCAAAUACAAGACGAUUUGUUGAAAGAGAUACUCACACUUAACUCAGGAACUGAGUAUCUCCAAAGCUUCCUUCAUGGAAGCUCUUCUAAAGAGCUCUUCAAAAAGAACUUACCAAUAGUCACCUAUAAAGAUGUGAAACCUUAUUUCGAUCGUGUCGCCAAUGGAGAGUCAUCGGAUGUAAUAUCGGCCCUACCUAUUACAAAUGUCUUCGUGAGUUCAGGGACUUCUGGAGGAGCAAACAAAAUACUACCAUCAAAUAACAAAUUUUUGGAUGGCUAUGCAUUCAGUAAUGAUCUUCUCGUGCACAUUAUAAGCAAGCAUGUGAAAGGUGUGGAGAGAGGAAAAGGGAUGAUUUUUUCCUUAACCGGACACGAGACAAAAACUCCUGGUGGCUUGCCCAUUGAGUCCAGUACAAGCUGGUACUUAAAGAGCGACUAUUUCAAGAAUCGACCAUCCAAUUGGUUUUAUUCCUUUACGAGUCCUGAUGAAGUUAUGUUGGGAAGUGACAUCAAGCAAAACCUUUAUUGCCAUUUACUAUGUGGUCUUGUCCAAAGAGAUGAGGUCAUGAGAAUUGGUUCAACAUUCGCUUCAGGUAUGGUCCGAGUAAUCAAGGUUCUUCAAGAUUCUUGGAAGGAGCUGUGUUCGAAUAUCCGAUCAGGUCAUCUCAGCGAAUGGAUCACUGACUCUGGCUGUCGAAACGCUGUUUCUAUGGUAACUGGAGGCCAGCCCCGUCCCAAGCUAUCAGACGAGAUUGAAAAUAUAUGCAGCUUAAAGUCUUGGAAAGGUAUAAUGAAAAAACUAUGGCCACAAACCAUGUACAUUGAAGCUAUUGUUACAGGUUCAAUGGCACAAUAUGUUCCUACACUGAACCAUUAUUGUGAUGACCUCCCUCUUGUUUCAACAACUUACGCUUCUUCCGAGUCAAUCUUCGGUAUUAAUAUUGAUCCUUUGUGUAAACCUGAAGACAUCUCUUACACGCUCAUGCCCAACAUAUCUUACUUUGAGUUUAUACCAGUGGAGGAAGGUAGUGAUGAUGUUGUAGACCUCGCAGAUGUCAAACUCGGGUGUUCUUACCAGUUAUUGAUCACAAACUUGUGGGGUUUGUAUAGAAUGAGAAUCGGAGAUAUGUUAAAGGUGACUGGUUUCCACAACAAGGCACCUCAGUUUAGGUUCAUGGGAAGAGAGAACACACUGUUAAGCAUUGAUACCGACCGGACAAACGAGAAAUACUUGUUCAAGGCUUUGAAUCGAGCAACACUGGUUCUUGAGUCAUCAGAUCUAAGACUUGUAGCUUUCACCAGCUAUGCAGAUACCUCCAGUAGUCCAGGUCACUAUGUGAUUUACUUGGAAGUAAAGGCUAAAAACGAAGACAUUAGGGACCUCGAGUUCGACGAAAAGACAUUCUUGGAGUGUUGUUUAGUAAUGGAGGAUUCAUUUGAUGAUGAGUACAGGUACUGUCGGUCUAACGAGUUUGUUGGGCCUCUCGAGAUAAGAGUAGUGAAUGAUGGGAGUUUUGAUUCUCUUAUGAACUUGUCCAUCUCAAAGGGUACUUCGGUUAAUCAAUACAAGACUCCUACAUGCAUUACGUCUGAAAAGGGCGUACAAGUAUUGGAGACAAAUGUGGUUGCUAAAUUCUUCAGUACUCUAAGUGCAUCUCAUUUUGCUUAACUCAUGCCGUGGUUCAAGAAAUUGGAGAAAAUUGUGUUUUAUUUGUAUUUUAUUUUCUUACUAUCCAUGACUAUUUGCUUAUUGCUUCAUUGAUAAGAUGUUCUUUGAAACUUAUGCUUUAAGAAUUCUCAGAUGUAUUAUCCUUAGUUGUUGCUCUUGGUUUCCCUGAACUUUACAAGUUUUCUUGUAGCGAAUUCUUUUUAUAUGAAUUUCAUUUUCCAACGACAUAAUAACUAGGUGAUAAUGCGCGUGAUGAAAUUAAAUCAAGUUUACUAGCGAUCCUAUAAACAUUAUUUAAUUUACCUAGUUUGUGCUUAUUAAAUGAUAUAGCCCAUUAAGACUUGCCAAAUGUUUGAAAAAUUGGUUUACAGAUAACUAACGCACAGCGUUUAGACGUGCAUGUACGCCGUACAAGCCGUUUUUUCAGAACAGAGCCCUUUGAGAAGUCUAAAGGGUAAGGCACCUUAGAGCAUCUUUAACCAAAGCACCCCUAAUGGGGUGCUUAAUCAUUUUUUUAUUGACAAAUAUGUGUUAAGAAUUUUAUUAAGAAACUUGUAUAUUUUCUCCUUCCAAUGCAAGGUGCUUAAUAUGGGAUGCUUGAUCCGUGAAGUUCAACAGACAAACACACAGAAACAAAACAAAAAUGAUUAACCGAACAUGAUACACGAUUCAACUCAGACCAGAUACUAUAUCAUAUAAUUGAACUCUUAAACAAUUGAGAUCAAAUUCCAAAGCAGAUGCUAAAUUAUAUCAUUUCAGACAAGAACAGAAGCUACAACAUAUCAAUUCAAUCGUUCCUAUA